GGGACCUGGAUUCUCUGCCUAUAUAUGCUGGCAACUGCAUCCUCUCCGCUUUAAAGCUGUCACUGAGGAGCAAAGAAAGGCAGUGAGAAGGGCAGAGGAGAAGCAAAAACCUUACCAACUCACUCGCUUCCUGUUAAAUCUUUGAAUAAGCCCAAAAGUUUGAUACCCAUGGAUGCUGCAGAAUUCCGCAAGAGAGGGAAGGAGAUGGUGGACUAUGUUGCGGAUUACCUGGAGAAGAUAGAGAAACGACAGGUAUUCCCAGAUGUGGAACCAGGAUACCUGCGGCCCCUCAUCGCAGACUGUGCACCCCAGGAUCCUGAGAGCUUUGAGGAUGUCUUUAAAGACAUUGAGAACAUCAUUAUGCCAGGGGUGACUCACUGGCACAGUCCGUACUUUUUUGCCUACUUCCCUGCGGCCUCUUCCUUCCCAGCUCUUCUUGCAGAUAUGUUGUGUGGUGGAAUAGGAUGUGUGGGCUUCUCUUGGGCUGCAAGUCCAGCUUGCACAGAGCUGGAGACUGUCAUGCUGGAUUGGCUAGGAAAGAUGAUUAAUUUGCCUGAAGAGUUUUUAGCUGGGAAGGAUGGCCAAGGUGGAGGAGUCAUUCAGGGAAGUGCAAGUGAGGCCACCCUGAUUGCACUGCUUGCUGCAAGAACAAAGACUAUCAGACAGGUGCAGUCAGAGAAUCCUGAGCUAACAGAAGCAGAGAUCAUGGGCAGGCUGGUGGCUUAUGCUUCUGAUCAGGCUCAUUCAUCUGUGGAAAGGGCUGCCCUAAUUGGUGCUGUGAAGAUUAAAAAUGUUCCUUCAGAUGACACAUUCACUGUUUGUGGUUCAGCCCUGAAGAAAGUUCUGGAUGAAGACAAAGCUGCUGGUCUUAUACCAUUUUUUUUCUGUGCAACACUUGGAACCACCUCUUGCUGCUCCUUUGACAAACUGCUAGAACUGGGUCCUCUUUGUAAUAAGGAAAAUAUCUGGAUGCAUAUUGAUGCAGCCUAUGCAGGAAGUGCUUUCAUCUGCCCUGAAUUCAGGCAUCUUUUAAAUGGAGUGGAGUUUGCAGAUUCAUUUAACUUUAAUCCUCACAAAUGGCUCCUAGUGAAUUUUGACUGCUCUGCAAUGUGGGUGAAAAAAAGAUCAGAUUUAAUAGGUGCCUUUAAAUUAGAACCUCUUUACCUGCAGCAUCACCAUCAGGAAUCUGGUCUUGUAACAGAUUACCGUCACUGGCAAAUCCCCCUGGGCAGGAGGUUCCGCUCCCUGAAGCUCUGGUUCGUGCUGAGGAUGUACGGGGUCAAGGGGCUGCAGGAGCACAUCCGCAAGCACAUCAGACUGUCGCAUCAAUUUGAACACUUAGUCCUUCAGGAUGAAAGGUUUGAGAUCUGUGCUGAGGUUAUCUUGGGACUGGUCUGCUUCCGGCUGAAGGGCUCAAAUGAACUAAAUGAGGCACUUCUUAAAAGCAUAAAUGAUGCCAAGAAGAUCCAUCUGGUCCCGUGCCACCUGCGAGAGAAGUUUGUGCUACGUUUUGCUAUUUGCUCCCGCACAGUGGAAUCCACCCACAUCAAGUUUGCCUGGCAGCACAUCUCACAGCUGGCAACUGAUCUUCUGAAAACAUGGGAGCAAAACCACCACCAGCAGAACCAGCAGUGAAGUAUAAGUGUAGAUGACGUAAUUAACUGGCUUUCUCUGUGUUGCCAAGUUUUAUUUUAGGUGCAGGUGGGAAAGUCAAACUACGAAGGAAAAAAGUACAAAACCUGUUGUUAUAUAGCCCAGCUGCAGUAGCAAAAUCCUUGCCAGCAAGUUGAGUUGUAACUGUAGUCCUUCCUUCUCUGUACUGUAGUUUCAUCUUGCCUGUUUCCAGGAUGCACAUAGUCAAGGAGACUCAAGCUGUCAUUUCUUAAUAGUUUGUUGUCAAGAGCAGUUGUUCAACCAAGCAAUGGAAGGGUUGGUGCUCCCUCUGUUGUCCCCGGUUCACCUCUAGCGUGCCCCCUCUUUUCUUCACACAUGAAACUAAGAGGUGUUAUAACCAAUUAAUUUAACAUUACUAUGACUUCAGGAGGAACCCAAUUUCGGGAAGUUUAGUUCGAGUUCUAAAUAUGUUAUUAUCUGAAUAGGCAUGCACAAAUGUAGUUGCCAGGAUUUUGGGCACUGUCAUGUCAUGAUACCUUGCUGCAGUAAUUUUGUAAAUGAACAAAGGACAAAGGACUUCAAGACUUCCUUCACUGCAUAGCCAGACCUAGGGGAAUGAGCAGUAACUGAUUACUAAUCAACCUUCUAGCAGGUUCUCUACUUUCCCCUAAAUGGUUUGCUUUUAAAACAGCCAUUUUGUCAAAUUCCAGCAAAUAGGUUGUGCUGGCUAUUGGUUUCCAGAUUGAUCAUUCAUAAUGAGGUCCCUGAAAAGCUCCUCCUGAAGAGUUUUGUCAAAAAUUCCAUGUGCUACCUGGUGUUCUAUACUUCAAUCAAGUUAUUAUCAGCAGUGAUUACUUGAAAAUAGUCUGUAAGAUAUGUUCUGUGAAACUGAGUUGAUUUGGUUUUAUGGCUACCAUUUUGAUUACUUCAUGGUAUAAUAAAUCUUUGACAAAAUGUGCUUAGAAAUGUGAUGUCAAAAAUGUUAUUCUUAAUUUCUCAAAUUAGCAAACAAAUGAGUAAAUAAGUGACAGUAAAAAUAGGAAGUAAGAGGACAACCCCCCCCCCCCCCCCCCCAAAUCAGCUGUGGUGCCCCCGUCAGUUGUUUUCUUCCAUUCACAGUGGUGAAUGGAAAAUGAAAAUACUGGAAAACCGCUUUCUGAGAAAGUCAAAUCAUAUUUAUUUGACACAAACCAUGAACAUGCCAUCCUGUCAAAGUAAAGAGCUAAAAUGAAAGUUAGAGGUUAAAGUCAGAACAAUAUCAAGUCAAGAAGUACUUUUGCCACUUAAAAAACAUAAAUUCCAGACAGUUAUUUCUGUGUAAAUAAGAACAACAUAAGUAGCUGCUCCAAGAAGAAAAUAAUAUGUAGGAUUAAUUUCUACAUUACUUCCUUUUAAUUCUCGUAUUAACUUCUAAAGCCUUUUGAGCAACAUGCACAAUUAUUCAGCUUUCUUCCUCCAUCCCUUUCAAGUAUAAUUCCUAUUGCUGGGAAGUUGCAAGUAGACCAGGGAACAUGGAUUGGGACAGUCAAUUUGGCACACGGUCUGCUUGUACCUCUGGUUUUCCUAAACUCUCACUUCUAGGGUGGAAACCUGGAAGGAUUAUUAUUUCCAUAAGAAACUGAUUUCCCAGGCAACAGAUGAAGAAAGGGAUACCAAUGAAUUUGGUAAAACCCAGUAAUAUUUGAGCAAGUGACUGACACAAGACACUACUGUCAGCUACAGUGUCAGAAAUUUUGAUAGCGUCAUUCUCUUCAGCAGAACCAAUAUGAAAUGUAGCUUUUCUGUGGUAGCACAAUGCAAUAGAUUGGUAGACUGAAGAGAGUGGAAAACGCUGGCAGUUGUUCCUUUUCUCUGUUACUAAUUUUUUUUCUAAAUGUUACUCACAUCUCAUGACCUGGAAAACAAUGUUUGUCCAUAACACAUAUCUUCCACACUGAUACAAUUUUACAACUUUUACAUUAUGAAAACUUUAGAAUCUUGGAGCCAAAGAAGAAUUACACCUUCUCUGUGAACAGAUCAGUAUUUUUUUAUGUGAAAUAUAUAACCAGGUCUGUUCAGGGGAAAAAAAAACCAAAAAAAACCCAAAGAAAACCCCUCACAAAAAAACCAACAACAACAACAAAACCACAUGGAUUUGGAUCAAAACUAUCCCAGAGUAAAUCCAGGAUAAUUCCACUGAAAUGAAAUGGAGUUGCUUCAGGCUUAGGUGACUAUAAUUGAAAUUAAAAAUCUGACUAGUAAGUGCUGGAAAAGAAAGGCAUAAGGUAAGGCACCACUAAACUGUACAUAAGAAGAUUCUGCUGGAAAUCUGCUCCAUGGAAACAAGAGCAGAGAUGAAUGAUGCCUGCUUGUGUGAGCCUCAAACUGCUGUAAAACCGGGAUGCAGGCAGGCUGCACACCCAAACCUAGGAGAGGUGAAAUGUCCCCAAGAGCCCAGAAUUAGACAUAGAUCCCUUUAGAGGUUUAUGGGAAAAUACUGCCAAAACUGACAUUCAAUUAAACAUUUUUCAGUAUCUGGAUAUCAGUUUUAGAAGUGGCUGUCGUCCAGAUACAAAAACUCCUCUUGGCAAAGAAUUCAAGAUAAAGGCUAAUUUAAAAUAUAGAUAGAGUAAAAGUUAAUUUUUGUUUUGGUUUUUUUUAAAGAAAUUAUGUAAGUAAAUCUGGCUAAUAAACAGUGAUAAGACCCAUGGAAUUACAUUUCCCCAUGUCUAGCCCAAUACAGAAACCUGAAGCUCACAGUUCUGGUUUUCCUGAAAUUCUAGGAUGAUUCAAAUAUGCAACUAGUGAAGGCCUUCAUAGUAUUCAGUCUCUCAUACCCUCUUUUUUUCAUGGGAUAAUUCCUUCUUAGACUAUUAACAUUAGAUCAUCUGAAAAGGAAAUAGGGGCUAUGUAAUCAACUCAAGAAGAAGCACUGAAAGGAACAUUUUGAAAGAAGAACCUAAUUGCUGUUUCUGUUCUGUAGCUUUGCAACAUGUCUGCAAGUGAGAAACACUGUAUUUAUGAAUAGUUAAUGUUAAUCUGGAUUUAUUGUGCCUUGUGUGCAAAAGCUAAUACAGUCUGUGCCGAUGAAUACUGUUUGAUAUUAAAAAUAAUUACAAAAUCCCAGAACUGUACUUCAGUAGAAUAUCCAUAUCUCAAGGAAGACUGCAGCUUUUAGAGAAGGAGGGAAAACCCCUGACUUCUACUUUCAGGAACCCCAAUUUUUUUUAACUAGCAGAGUACAGUACUUACAUUCUUAAUGACAGAUUAUAAGUAUAUUUUAUUACUGAUGGUGAAAUAUUGGAAAUAUAUGUAUUUAUGAAAGUAUUGGUAAUAUAUUAUACUCUGAACUGCAUUAUAAUUAUUACAUUUAAAAUUAUUUUCUUGUCUUUACAUACAAGAUUCUGCUCAUGGCUGUUUUGUUGUUGUUGGUUACCAUAUGUGAUGAGCAGUGCUCACAUUGAAGUUGCCUUACAACAGCAGUCUAAACCUUGAGAUGUAUAAACUAAAAUUGCUCAAAGAUAGAAGAAAAUGAGAAAUAAAACUAAGAAUCCUGAAGACCAGCAUGAUUGGUGGGGGCAGGUUAAAUACCCAUCAAUGGAUAAUAUCUAUAUAGCCUAUGUAAAGUUUAUAUGUUCUAAAUGGAAAAAUAAUCAGAAGUCUAAUGCUCUAAUUAUAAUUUGCGAGCUGUUGAACAGACAUAUAGGUUUUAAUUGGCAAUAUUAAUAAAUGGAAACAAAACUA